GAGACUGAUUCUCUCUUUCGUUCUCUCUCUCUCUGUGUCCUUUUAGCAGGGGUUGUUGCUAUUGAGGGCUUGGAGUCCUGCGACGAUGAUGCCAUGCGGAUAGAGCAAAUCUAACACGAACGGCUGCUGGACGUGUGCCGUGUGCGAAUCGAGUGCGGAGCGCAAGCGAGAAAUUAUAGAGAAAGGCCAGACGACAGGCAGAGCGGGGAAAGAAAUAUUCUAAUUCCGAGAAAAAAGUUAAAAUUAACAAAGAUAUUUAUAGAAAUAUCCCUCUAAGAAGAAAUCAGUGCAGUUUCAAGUGUUUUCUUGUGGCUGUGAAAAAGUUCUAGGACUCACAGGCGCAAAGUAGGUUAAAGCGGAGCGAGGGCAAGAGGCAGGAAAAGCCAGUCAGCAAGCAAAGGAAAUUUUUUUUGGCUUUCCCUUUAGCCACAUUUUGGAGGUCGGUGUCGGUCGGUUGGUGGUUUUUGUGGCUGGAGCUGCAUGUGUGUAUGCCGCAGGGGCAAGAGAAACUGCAAAUGCAGUGCGCGUACAACAACAAAAGCGAAAUGCAAAGGGCUUGAUAUCAAAUAGCAAAUGAACUUCGUAUUUCUAAACAUUUCAAUUGAUAUUCUCUAACCAAAAUCCAACAACAAAAAAAAGUGAUAUUUUCUACGACUGUGGCUUGAUUUUUGCACAGUACAAAACACACACACACACACACACAAUACACAUAGAGAGACACACAGGGGGGACACACACAGAACAGACACCACACACGACAACUAUAUAGCAAUAUAUGCCAAUUGAGUGCCUUAUAUCAUUUGAUAAUAAUCCACAAGGUGUCUACUAUGCCGGACAGGAGCUAUCUGGCGUUGUUGAUCUCAGCGUCGAUGCCACCAAGCGGAUCAAAGGCAUCCACGUCACUGUCAGCGGAUAUGCCAAGAUACGCUGGAUAAAAAAGGGAUAUCCGCGCGAUAGCGAGCGCGCCAUGUGCCGUGCCUAUCGAUCGUAUCUGUCAUCGAGAUCGUACGUGCUGGGAUCGUGCGCGAGCAACUCUUUUAUCGACUGGCCCGCCGGCGAAUACUCGUACACAUUCCAUGUCAUCCUGCCCGACAAUCUGCCAACAUCGUUCGAUGGUAAAUACGGACAGAUACACUACGAGAUCAUAACGACGAUCGAGCGGGCCGGCCGAUAUCCAAAGGUAUUCAAGCUGCCAUUUACCGUGAUACAACCAUUGGACCUGAAUGCCGAUGCUAUAUACAGAGUGCCCUUGGAGAUACUCGAUCGUAAGCGUUUCUGGAGCUUUUGCUGCCCCACGGGACCGCUGACUGUGAAGUUCUCAACACCCUACUGCGGCUAUGCCCCCGGCCAGAAGAUCCACUUUGUGCUGUACAUCAACAACGAGUCCUCCAUCGACAUCACCGAGUGUGAGGUGAAGCUAAAACAGGAAGUCAGCUACGAGUCGCACGAUCCCCAUCAUGAGUAUCGCUACGACAAGCAUCUGAUAGCACGAAAACAGUUCGGGAAUGUCUUGCGCUGGUCGAGGAAGGUCUACAGGGGAUAUCUGGAUCUGCCGUCGAUACCGCCCACAUCGGUGAAGCCCACAUGCCCCAUUAGUGUUAACUAUUCGAUUAAGAUCAUUGUCAAACCAACGGAAUUCCACUGGAAGCUGAAACUGAAGAUCCCCCUGACCAUUGGCAGCAUUCCGAUUAUGGAUGGACCGGAGGCCCUGCUGCGCUUCAAUCGCCAGCAGCAACAGCACCAAGUAGUUAGUCAAAAUUUACAAAUGUCAACGCAACAACAAAGGCCGCGACACAGAGAUCGGGAUAGGGAUCGUGAUCGUAAUCGGGAUAGGGAUCAGAAUCAGAGGACACCUACCGCACAGCAGAGACAACAUUUGAGUAGCAUUACAAAUAAUAACAACAAUCAUGGACGUCUAGUGGGUGGACUACUGCCGACCAAUAGCAAUAUGAAUAUGAUAGUGAAUGCCAGUCCAACGCCCACUAGCUCCACGCCAUCAUCAACGCCAACAACUGCCGCCCUCAGGCCGCCCAUGGCCUCCAUGCUGCCAGCGAUAUUGGUGACCAGCGAUAGCGAUAAUCCACCGGAUUAUAUACCAAUGAUGCCGCCCUCGUAUGAAGAUGCUAUGGCUCUGAGUGAGAAAUUCAGCGAUGAUACUGAGUUCUUAACAAACGUUAGCAUGAGCAGCAUUAUGUCCGCUCAGGCUGUUGUUACCACAAGUGAGCCCUUUAAGCCGCGUUAUCCGGUCUAUUACGAAUAUGAGACACCGACCAUACCGCCCGGUAGUGAUGAUUCCAAUGAAUCCGACACAUAAAACAUCCCCUCCAAAACAUAAAAAAAAAACAAAAUUGUUUAACAAAAACUGCAAAAAGAACCAAAGCAAAAGCAAAACUAAAAAAUUGAAUGGCUGAGUGGCAUUUUCUACAGCAAUUUCUUAUUUUAUUCCUUUACUUAAAAGUAGUUAGAAAAUUGUUCUUUAAUCUUUUGUAUUCUGUUAAAGUAUUGAGAGAGAAAAAUCCAUAUGAAAUGGUCUAUAAACUUUGUCUGUUUAAAAACUAUUCCAACUGUCUGUAUUUGUCUGAUGUUCUUAAAAAUAUGUACAGUGAUGUUAUCUAUUUGUAUACCUUUAAUCUGUUGUCUCGUCAAGCUCUUCAUCUGUCCGUCUGUGUAUUUUUAAGCCUUUAGAGUGUUCUUCCGAGCCCUUUUUCCAGUCUGUCCUGUCCUGUCUUGUUCAAUAUAUUCCUCUUUUGCUAUCUCUUUACUUAUCAGAAUAUUACUUACUCAAAUAUCAUAUUCAAUAUUUAUUCUUAUUAUAAAUGAAAUUCUGUAAUACAUUAAAUUGCACGUUUUAUCAUAUUUAUAUUUAAAUAUGAAAUUGUCCAAGUGUUUAUUCCAUUAAAUUAGUAACAAAUUAUUGUGCAUUUGCUCCAAAUAAUUCCAUUAUUUCCAUUAUAUUUCAAUGAAAAAUACAUAUAUAAACUUUUUAAUUUAGAAAUUAACAUUUGAAUUCCAAUUGAUAUGAAAAAUAUAUAUUUAUAAACAACAAAAUAUCAUUAUAUUGAAUUUAAUGCUUUCUUUGAGCAUUGAUUAAACCUUAAGCUGAAUAUAUAAUCGAUUUAUGAUAUAAGAACUACAACAUAUACUAUAUCAUUUUUCUCAACUUCUAUCUUUUCGUACUAUGCAUUUUUCUUAUAAUUAGAUGUAAGCCAACUGCAAGGGUUUUUCAAAAAAUGUGCUUAACUUGUAAAUUUGUUCUCUUGUUACCGCUCCCCACAACAUGCAACAUGCUACAUAUUUUGUACCGUCCAUAACCGACCACGACCACACCCUAAACGACACCUCAACAUAUUGUUCUGAACUCUGAUAUACGAUCCUGUACCUGAUCCUGCUACAGAGACGCUUUACGAUGAGGCCAAUGCCCAGCUGCGCCUCGCCCUGAACCCGGAAUCGGCAACGGAGGUGGCGACAGCAGCAAUGAUGGAUGAGGAGGUGACCACCAGCACACCGGGAGGAGGAGGAGAGCUAUCCUUUAGCUAUGAAAAGAAAUGAUUAAAAAAAACGAAAAACACCAAUACAACAAUUACAUAUUUACUCGUAAUCAAAAUAUUAUAUAGAAAAGGAUUGGAAUGGAAAUCGGAGAUAGAAAAUCGAACAUUUUUAUAGAAGCGAAAACCGUAUAAAAAAUAUAGUAUGUAUUUUGCAGCAGAGUAGAAUCUAUCUAGAAUAAACCGAUUUGAAUUUUCCUUAUUUAUUUAAACUAUAACUUUCAAGCUAUGCUUUCUAACCUUCACUUUAAACUAUGCCUAAAUUUCACUCAAACCUUAAUUCUUGUCUUCCAUUCUCUUUUUCUGUCCCUUGUCUCUUAAAAAGAAUUGAGUUUCUCAUGCAUUUGUUUGAUAAAGCUAAAUAAAAGUUGUCAAAAAUGUAUACACCUAUACAUAUACAGUGAGCACUGGCCACGAAUAUAUACGAGUACGAAAGAAAAAACGUAGUUAAAACAUAGAAGAAAAGAAAACACUCUUUCUAGGCCUAAGCUAAACGAUAAACCAGAACAGAACCCAAAACAAAUCUGCACAAUUUUAACCGAAUAAAAAAACUACAAUUAACAUACGAAAUUAACAUUUUCCAAAUAUUCAAUGUAUAGAAUAUUAAACAAACAAAAAAUAUGCGAAAAUUUACACAAAAUUUAGCCAAAUUCUUCUGCGUUUAUUUAUGAUUUCUCAUGAAGAAUUUUUAGUUGAAGCAUCAUAAUAACCUUUUAACAUAGGUGUCUAAACAUACAAAAAUAUUAUACACAUUAUGGAAAACAUAUAUAUAGAAAGUGAAGUGUCUUUUGCUCUACCUUUAUAUUUCGAUUGUGUGACUCUCCUCGUAUACAAUAUAUACUUUGAUUUCUUCCUUUGAUUUUCAAAAGCCAGUCUAACCAGAAAUCUUAUAAGUAUACUAUCCCUAAGUCUUAUCUGUCUUCAAUUCGAUUAAAUCCAAAGUCAAUAAAGCAACAUAGUAUAUGUAAAUCAGA